UGGAGCCAGCAGGGGGCGGGCGGAGCCGCGCGCGGCACUAGGCCCCGAGCGCCCGCGCGCUCCCCGUGACGGCGCCGCGCGCGCCCCGCUCCGCCGGCGGCAGCGCCAGGAUAGCUCCAGCUAGAAGCCCCGGGUGACGGCUGUUGCUGAAGUCACUGCCAGUGCUUGCUGCCUGCCUGUCAGCUGGAGCUCUGCUGUGCCUCCUCCGCUGCUGUCAGUCCAGGCACUGCCCAGCCCACCUCUGUCAGAACAUGCACAAGGAAUUUAGGACAGACGAUUUUUGCUUCUUUGCCCUAUGUCGCAUUUUUAAGCUGUUGCAACUGAAAUGUUUCUUCCACUUUCAUUUUGAGGUCAUCCUUUGAAUAUUAAUCUACAGUUACCUCAGUAUUUCAGAGUUUGUUCAUAGUUUGGGUAAAUGAUGGCUCAGCUCCAGCAAGGAGGUCCAGAUGAAAAAGAGAAGACCACUGCAUUAAAGGAUUUAUUGUCUAGAAUAGACUUGGAUGAACUGAUGAAAAAAGAUGAGCCACCACUUGAAUUUCCUGAUACUUUGGAAGGAUUUGAGUACAUUUUUAAUGAAAAAGGGCAAUUAAGACACAUUAAAACUGGGGAGCCAUUUGUUUUUAAUUAUCGUGAAGAUUUGCACAGAUGGAACCAAAAGCGCUAUGAAGCCCUCGGAGAGAUCAUUACUAAAUACAUUUAUGAACUACUGCAGAACGAAUGCCACUUGAAGAAAGUAACUCUUCCAGUUGAUGCAAUUGAGACUGAACCAAAGAGCUUUAUCUUUAUGAGUGAAGAUGCAUUAGUAAAUCCUGACAAGCUGUUGGUCCUAAUUCAUGGUAAUGGUGUUGUCAGAGCUGGUCAGUGGGCUAGGAGACUUAUAAUUAAUGAAGAUCUGGACAGUGGGACACAGAUACCAUACAUAAAGAGAGCUAUUGAGGAAGGCUAUGGAGUAAUAGUUCUGAAUCCCAAUGAGAACUAUAUUGAAGUUGAGAAGACAAAAGCCCAAGUACCGCUGUCUUCUGAUAUCUCAGAUGAACCUGCAGAAAAGAGAGAAAGAAAAGAUAAAAUCCAGAAGGAAACAAAGAAGCGACGUGACUUCUAUGAAAAGUAUCGAAAUCCACAAAAAGAAAAAGAAACUAUGCAGAUCUAUAUUAGAGAUAAUGGCUCUCCUGAAGAACAUGCGAUUUAUGUUUGGGACCAUUUUAUUUCCCAGUCAGCUGCAGAGAAUGUAUUUUUUGUUGCUCACAGUUAUGGUGGACUUGCCUUUGUAGAGUUGAUGAUUCAACGAGAGGCAGAAGUAAAGAAUAGGGUAACUGCUGUGGCGUUGACAGACUCAGUUCAUAAUGUGUGGCAUCAAGAAGUUGGGAAAACUAUUAGAGAGUGGAUGCGAGAGAACUGCUGUAACUGGGUGUCCAGCUCCGAGCCCCUGGACACAUCGGUGGAGUCCAUGCUGCCAGACUGUCCCCGUGUCUCUGCAGGUACAGAACGCCAUGAACUAACUUCUUGGAAGAGUUUUCCAUCUGUUUUCAAAUUCUUCAGUGAGGCUGUAAAGGCAAAGAACAGCUUGGUGAAACCAACCCCAACAAGGCGCUCCAACAGGAUAAAAUACGAAGAAUUCUAAAAGGAGGGGAGGAAAAAAACCCACCACCACCAAUGUCUUUGCUGCUUGUUUUCUGCAAGGAGUCUCCCAGCCCCUCAUUAGAUUGUUUUCUUCCUAGAGCACAGGGUCGUGAUAUAUACAUCUAAAUAGCGUUUUGCAUUAUUUCUAGAUGAGUGCAACUGUCAAAGCAAUAUGGGUUCACUGGUUGUGCUUCCUGUGGGCUGUAACUUGGAUUUUGUGCUGCCCAUCAGUGUGCAGAUUAAGGCUGACAGUGGUACUGCACAGUGCAGCAUGGUGCAGCUCUAAUUGCCCUGACAUAGCCCUGCACCAAGCUGAUGCCAGAAUUUAACAGCUUCUUCGCAGUCCUGUUGCCUGCAGGAUAUUUUGCAGCUUCCUUCUAUUUUGAGACAGAACAAAAUACAAAUUACUCUUUUCUAAAAGAUGGACCUUACUCAAACGUGUUAACCAGCCUAUGAUUUUACACCUAGUAGCCUUCUCUUUCUCUGGGACCAAGUGGAAUUGACUUCCAACUCUCUCAUUUUUCUGCUGGCAAGAAUGUCCAAGAAGUUUGGCCCAGAAUUCUAGAAAGGCUCUGUUGUUGAAGAGUGUUUCUCUUGCUAGAUCAACAGCAUUAUCUGUAGAUCUCCUCUUCCUUUGGAAAGCUCUACUUUAAAAAAUGCCUAUUCAUUAACAGGCUGGAUCACACUGUGAAAUAUGACAGGAAAAAAAACAAAAGACACACUGCAUAUUCUUUUUGUUUAUUGUUAAACACAAAAAUGCUUCCAUUUUCAUAUGCUGAAAUUGUAAUGACUUGCCAUGCCAUGAUUAUUCCCUUUUCCCUAAACUCACAGGUUCCUCCUCACUUUUCCAGUCUCUCUGAUAAAGGUUGGCCAGCAGGGCUCUCUGUGUAGGGAUUUCACACUGUCAUGGUUUGACACUGCCAAAUGCCAGUGCCCCCAUGAGAAUACCCUCUCCCUGGUGUCUGCUGCGAGAUGUGACCAGGAAUAAGCAAAGCAGGCUCCUACUUAGAAAUAAAGAAAACUUUAUUAACUAAACUACAAGAAAAUAACUAAACUACAAGGAAAGAAAAAAAAAAACACACAAGGAAAAUGAAAACUUCACAAAAGCAUUUUCCUCCUCCCCCCACCAAAUUCCAAUAUAAUACCUCCCCCAAAUCACCAACUCUUGGUCCGGCACCACCCUUUAGAAUACUCAAUCCUCAGUUCAUCAAGAGGAGAAGGAGUCUUUCUUUUUGCCAUGGACUUCUUGUCACACGUAGCACCACCCGGAGAUCCUUUGCCAUCGUGACAUCUUCUUCCUUCCAUGCCAAAUGCUCUCACCACUGCACAUGGACCAGGGCUGCUUCUAGGGUUCCUUUUAAGGAUGCCUUGUCUCCUUCCAAAAAGGCACAGUCUCAGCUUUGGGACAUCUGUCCCCCCCAUGUUUUUUUCACCCCCUGGAUUCUGAGGCAUUGACCCCCCGGAAGCAGUCUCUGUAUCACAAGGAAACAGUCCAUGGCUAUGCAAAAAAUAAGAGUCCAGCAAAAAAUGCCACUCCAUCUUCUCCAUUCCUCCAGCAUCUCUCUCUGGCCUAGACCUUCAUCACUCUUCUAGGAAGGGUUAAUGUUCUGUAAAGUUUUCAUUGUCCACAAAGGGGUUAAAAGCUCCCACAAGUGGCUGGACACAUCGCUGGCUCCUUUGCCUCCUCCCCCCCCCCUUUCCUCCUUCUCAGCUGUGCUGCCUGCUGCCACAUUUGUUUAUCAAGUUUCAAGGUAACUCUCAGGCAACAGCUCUGUUUCUCUCUCUGUCUCUGUGUCCCAGAAGUGUGUGUGGGGGAAUACUUCUCAGUAGUUCUUCGAUGCUUCCACCCUUGGGCCCCUCAGGGUCAGGCCCACCUCUCCCAGGCCGCGUGGCUCUCCCCUCUGCCCAGCAGCUGGGCCAGGGGAGGAGUUGAACUCUCUCCUGCCAGAAAUCCCAAAGAGAAACUUCCAGGGGGGAGCCCUGCUUUUAAUCCUGUGUUCUCAGAGGCAGAUCCAAAUGUCCCAAUGGCCACAUCAGGUGCCAAUAUUAAAAUCCAAGCACCCAUUGGUUUCACUACAGCAUCCCAGAAAUCCCAUUUCCGGUCGAACCACCACACACACCAUGCAUAGGGGGGUAUGUGGUUGUAGCCAUAACUGUGGUGUUAGGCAGGUUUUCUGCACUAAAACUAAGGGAAAAGAUGUGCUUGAUGGCAUGCCCAGUGAGCAAGCACUCUAAUUAAGCUCCUUUGGUGUUGAUAAUACUGAAUUAAAGUUGUCCUUUCUUUAAUGGCCAUGCCCACCUGGCCUCUGAUGCUGUUAGUGGCAAGGAGGUGCCACUUAGACAUGAGUUUUGGACCCAGUCCCGCUCUCUCCUACACAGUGUGUCCAAUCAGUCCUACAGCUGGGGACCAGAAGUGGUGGUGGGGAGCAUUAAAACGAGACAAUGUCAAAGCAGGGGUACGCUUCUAUGCCACGGAGCAAAAGCAGAAGUGCUCAUAGUGACGUGUAAAGGGAAACCCAGCUGGGUUUGGGCCUAAAUCCAACUGGUGGGGGGCUCUCAGCACCAAGAAUGCUUACAUCCAUCCCUACCUGCUCAUACUGGCAGCAGGGCUUAACUUCCCCGGCUGCUGCUUCCUGUCAUCUUGCUGCAUUUAAGCUCUGCCCUUGGGGAAGAGCAAAUCCCUGGAAGGGCCACUGCCUAUGUGGAGGGAAGUGCACUAUCUGUGCCCGGAGGAUUUUCUGCCUGGAUGGAGGCCUGCUGCUGAAGUGAGAGUACUGUGCCCAUAUUCCUGUGGCGUCCAGUCUCUGCCCUCACUCUCAGUCAGAGGAUGCUGCUGCCUGUGGCCAGCCUGACCCCCCCCGUGGGGGUCUAGAACCCCCCCUGCCCAGGUCCGUGUCUGCCCCAGCCCCCUGGACCCUGUGUGUUCAGGGACAAGGCAAGUGUUUACAUGGUGUGGUUUGGCUGUCCAUGCUUCAUCCCGCAGCCAGGGAAAACGCAGAGGCCAGGGAAGUUUGCACAUGCACACACCAGACCCGCCACUCUCCAUCUCUGUGGAAGUGAGAUGGACUCUCUAGGGUGCCCAAAUAUUGGAGGAGCAGAUCUAUUUUUUUAACUGUUGACAAGAAACAAACUACAUUUUUACUGUAAUGCUUAUCAUUUUCUAAAAAAUUUUUCUUUACUGUGCCCUGGGCCCAGCUCACAUUAUCACUCCUGUGGGGGGGCUGUAGAGCAGAGGGGAUCCUCACCACUGGUACUGCUCUGCUUGCAAUGAACAAAAAAUAAAUAUGCUCUCUUCUCUCCUUCUUGCA